AUGUCGACGUCGACAACGAGCAUCGUCCCGUCGGAGACGGGGACGGGGACGGUGAUGGGGAGUGCAUCCCCAAUCACAUCGCUCGUCUCGACGGUCCUCAUGACGACUACAUCAGCCAUUCUCUCGGCAACGACCACGGCGCCUGAUCCUGCCGAUGCCACCUCGACAUAUUUGGGGGAUGCGAGCCUCAACUCGCACGACCAGGCAAACUCACCUAUGGUAUCAAACCUUCGCGAACCCUUCUAUGCAACGACGGUACCGAUGUGUUAUGCCCUGGCCGCCACGACUGUCACCGCAUACAUGCUCCUCAUCAUGCUCUUCAUUACCCCCAGGUCCUUCCUGGACGGCGGGGUUGUCUAUCUCGGCCGCCGAUCUGGCUUCACUCACAGCUCAUCCGGGGGAGAUAAUAUCGGUGGUCGGCCAUGGUUACAAAAGGUCGCUGCUCUCACCGUGGCAGUAUCACUUACUAUCGCAACUUACGACACAUUUCAUUUCGUAGCGGAGCAAUAUAAAAACGGGGCUCAGAAUGCAGCUGUUUUGCAAUCCGAGGUUAUGGGCAGCAUGGAGCUGAGGGUCAUCCGGCUCGUGUCCAACUUUUUCCUCUGGUUAGCUCAGGCCCAGACGUUGAUCCGCUUAUUUCCACGUCACCGAGAAAAGGUCAUCAUCAAAUGGGUGGCUUUUGCUCUCAUCACUCUCGACCUCAUCUUCUCCGCCAUCAACAGCUUUAGGCAUGGCGAUGUUCAAAAUUAUAAUCCUAUGGCCGGUGGCUUCACCCAACCUAUACCAGCUCUGAAUUACAUGUUUCAGUUACUCCUGGGAGUUUUAUACGCAGCUUGGGUCAUAUACUACGCCCUGAUGAAGAAGCGUUAUGCCUUCUAUCAUCCUCUGAUGAAGAACAUGUGCCUUUUGGCAAUCAUAUCCUUGGCGGCCAUUCUCAUCCCCAUUGUUUUCUUCAUUCUCGAUAUUUCAAAUCCCACAUUUGCCCGUUGGGGCGACUACGUACGAUGGGUUGGAGCCGCCGCGGCAAGCGUCAUCGUGUGGGAAUGGGUGGAACGGAUAGAAGCACUGGAACGCGAGGAAAAGAAGGGGGGAAUCCUUGGCAGGGAGGUUUUUGAGGGAGAGGAGAUGCUUGAAGUGAGCGCGAUGGAUUAUCCAUGGGAUAGGAAACGAAAGCAUCGAAAGUCUGGCAGCUUUGGUGGUCUAGGUGGUAGAGGCGGCGGAAGAGGUCGAGGCAAUGAUGGCCACAGCGACAACAAUACGAACGGGAAUGCUCCCACUGGCGGGUAUAAUCAUACACAAUCCAACGGAUGGCCAACUGUGUCUGCCAUUACCGGCCGGCAACGCGGACAAGCUCGCAGCACAACCCAAGGCGCGACUCCUGGGCAGACGGCACAAAGGACGGUUGGAGACAUAUUCCGGCCACAUUGGCCUGCGCGACCCGCUGCAGCAGCAACACCGGUCAGCAGAACGGACACGCCAAGCGCUGCAAGCACCGUGUACGCUGUACGGUAUCAGCCUUCUUCGGAGACGACUGGACGGACGCCCGACCCGUAUGCUCGAACACCACCGGAUUUACAUUCUUUGCAGGUUGAGCAACAAACAAAUUCGCAUACCAAUUCGCAAACACAACCACUACCUCAGCAAGCAACGUCAGAACUAACCAGACAGAGCAGCUCGCCUCAAACCAGCCAGACCCGCGUGGAGAGUACGUCACCCAGGCAGCAAAGCACACAAGGGGCACGACCUUCAACAAAUAGCACAACAGACUUGGAGGCAAACGCUCCAAUGCCGAGUCGAGCAGACCGCUGGCGAACAUUUACUCACUCAUCCAGUCGUCGGUCGCCUGAUCGGCAGCAGCAUGUCGCACCUGAAGAAACGAGCCGGCAUGACACACUAGGCAGUCGGUGGGAUAUCAAGUCCAGGCUAGAGAUGUUUGCAGCAAACCAGGCAGACAAGAUUCGUGAAAAGUUUAGGCCAACGACCGAUACGGACAGCCUACCGGUGACAUUUAUACCAGCACCUGCACGGCAAGGCACAGCUCUUGAGCAAGUACUCGAGGAGGAGGGAAUAGCCCGGCGGUCAGAAUCGUCAGACUCGGAUGACGGGGAACCACGAAGUGCAACACAAGCUGGACAUUUAGGGGUCGGCCAAAACGGCAGCGUGCCCGGAGGUCCAUCGUCGGAUUCAGUAAGCCCUCCUCUUUGGCCCGGAGUCAGACGGCGGUUGGUGACGUACGAAAAUGAUGACGAGUAUUCGUACACGGACGAAUCUCUAGAGGGAUCAACCGACGAAGAAGACUCAGGAGAGCGUGAAUCCGAAGAAAAUCCCGGGCCAUCGAGAGGUGGUGGCGCCGACGAAUCAGUCCGGAGAGAAUAA